UGGUAACGCCUAGGCCUAUCUUGUACACAAAAUGGUGCGGAGUCGGCAUAUCUCGGGCCAUUGCACUGUUUCGGUUAAGGCGCUCCAAACGGCGAAGGGGUGUCCCCAGUUGCUUCGAUGUUAACAAAACCAGACUGCGUUAGAUGCUCCGUUUCCACCAUGUCUAUUUUGGAAAAAAAUCAACGACUAGGUGCCUGUAGGAAUUGCUUAGCUGCAAGAACGACAUCAAUUGGUUCACAAUCUUCGCUUUGACAGCAGAAAUAUCUCAAUACUAUUCCCGAAUUGCCACCCUGCAUACACACUCGGUUUCAUAUAUACCAUCGAAGCGAGGCAAGCCUAGACUUUUACUUUGAGGGGUGAGCUUUCCGCAUAACCGGUAGCUCGAGGCAAAACAGGAUAUCCAGUGUUAGGCUGAGCUUACUGAUAUUUAGAUGGCUCUCCCUUCGUCCGCAGCUUCGUUCUUGUCUUCUUCGAAAGAACACAGAAGCUCUUUCAAUCUGGCGGUCUUGUUGUCCCGUCUACGCUGCCAACGAUGGGCCAAAACGCCAUGAAGUACGACAGUUUACCGAUUAAUCUUUUGCAGUCAGACGACCAGUCUCUCCUUCUCGAACGCCUUGAUGAAUUACGUCGAAUAGGACUGCAUCACCAAGUUUUCUCCCACACACUCGUUAUUUGCGGCGACCAAAACUGCGGCAAGUCAGCGGUAUUCGAAGCCAUUACCGGUGUCCCUUUGCCUGUCAACAAUGGCGUCUCAACCCGGUUUGUCGUCGAAGUGGCUCUUCGAAGAUCAACAAGCGUCGGCACGCAAGUUAAAAUUCGUCCGGGGCCAAAUGCUUCGCCAGAUCACAAACAAAAACUUGGGGUUUUUUCUCGCUCGCACGACUGGCUAUCGGAUAUACCCAGGCUCUUCUCGGAGGCUCGCCUAAUCAUGGGUCUUACUCGCGAAGGAAGCUACUCAGAGGACGUCCUACAUCUAGAGAUAUCCGGCCCGACACUACCCAAUCUUACGGUAGUUGACCUGCCGGGUUUGAUGUACCUACCCCGUGAUAAUCAAACUACUGCAGAUAUCGCAGUCGCCAAGAGCCUCACCCUAACAUACCUACAGAACCCACGAAGCAUCAUCCUUGCUGUUAUCUCUGCAGAACGUCAACUCUCAGAGCAAAUGGUACUCCCUAUGACAAAGAGUUUCGCGGCCCGGACAAUGGGGAUUGUUACCAAACUCGACCGUCUAGACCCUGACGCCUCUACCAUCGCCAAGGUGUAUGACCGGGUCAAGCAACAACAUCAAUCAUUACAGCUAGGAUGGCAUUUAUUACGAAAUACCGAUAGCGAAGGAACCGAACGCCCCGUAAGAGUUAGUCGUGAUGAUAUUGAGGAACUUUUCUUUGCUACUGCGACACCGUGGAGGACUCUACCUCUUCACUUCCUUGGCGUGGGUGCUCUUCGGAGUAGGAUCCGUAAAACCUUGUUGUCAGAGGUCAAGCGUCACCUUGCUGUUCUCAAAUCAGACAUCAAUAUCGAUCUUGAUACCCAUCGUUCGCUAUACGAGAAACUUGGUUCUUCAAGUACCACUACGGUGGAACGCCGCGUGUAUCUGGCCCGGAUAGGGGAAAGAUUCCAGUCCCUUACGAAAGACGCCAUUCAUGGGGAAUAUCAUGAUCCAUAUUUCAGAUAUCGUCCAACUCAUUCUAUACGGCGACUGCGUGCUACAAUCAGCAACUGGACAGAAGAGUUCUCCCAAGAUAUGAGAAGACGUGGCCACAGUUACGACAUUUAUGAUGAUACUGAACAAAAGGAAUUACCUCCACGGACAAAGGAUGGACCACAACCUGUGACGAAGAGAGAAUUUAUGAGUGGCCUUGAGGAGUUCGUGAAGCAGAGCAAAGGUCGCGAAAUAUCAGGCCUAAUGAAUGCCCAGGUUGUUGGCGAAUUAUUCAUUCGAUAUUCCCUACGGUGGAAGGAAAUUGCUAAGGCCCAUGUUUUCCAGAUGUGGGCGAAAAUCAAGCAAUAUCUUAAUGACGUCCUUCAUCAUAUUGCGGAUGCCAGCUUUGGCGAAGCCUUGAUCCAUAAGAUAUUCAAUAUCGAAAUGGAAAAAAAAUUGCAGAAACUGCAAGAAAAAAUUGACGAACUCGUGGCUCCAUUCAAAAGGGUUAUCCCGACAAUCGUUGAUCCGGACCUAAAUAUAAAAAUCUCUCAAAUACGGAGGGCAGCCAAUAGUGGUAUCAAAGCUCUCAGUGUUAGCUCACUGUACUCCGAGAUAUUGGACUGUAUGCUGGCGUAUUAUUCAGUAUCUCUCAACAACUUCAUCAACAAUAUUGUAAGCCUGGCUGUCGAAGGAUGCCUUAUAGAUGGUUUGGAGGAUAUGAUCACUCCGUCCAAAUUUGUUCAGAUGUCUGAUGAUGAGAUCGAAGAUAUUGCAGCCGAGUCUCAAGAUGUGAAGCUCGCUCGAUCAAGGCUCGAGAAACAGGUUCGCAUGCUUGAACUCGCUGCGUCUGCCUGCACUCGCUGCGAGCUUGUCGCUCUUGAAGCCACAUCGAGUGUUAACCGAAUUUCCACCGAGUCGAAAGAAAGCGAGAAGACCAUUGGCUCUGGAGCAUCGUCUCCAUCAUCGACCACAUCUGGAUCUGAUACCGAAAAAUUACUCGCACGACAGGACCUAUCUUCAGGGCCGUCCAGCAGGCAAAACGCCAAUGGACAAGGCAGCAUGUUGAGGGCAUUUCCCUCACAGUCCACGCUUUCAGAUAAACAGCUGCUCACUAGUGCAGUUUAUCGACCAUCUACAGGUACAUCCUCAGUCAAUAAUGAUAAAACACUUCCAUCUUCCCAGCCCCGUGAACUACGGCGGAGCGAUUCAAGAUCCAAACUUGGAAAAAUUAUUACGAAAAAGCAAGUGUCAAAAUUCGUAUCUUCAAUUUCCGAGGAGUAACUGCAUCGCAUCGCAUUCUAGGCGCUUCAUUCUUUACCUAUGAAUUGAUACCUUUCUUUAUUGUUGAAUUGAUACCCUUCCGGAACGGCCAAUUUCAGUCUAAUUCAGGUCUUCCUGAGCUUCUUAUGAGCCCCCUCCUGCUUUGUUAACUAAAGGAGGAUUGAUGUUUGAUUCUUAAUGUUGCCAUAGUUCUUGAAUUAGUAGCCGACUCCCGAUAUAUUAACGGGGAUUAUCGUGGCCAGUUGGCAUUUAACACUUUAGUGCGACCUAAUAAUUAGAUACCCGUUUAAUAUGCCUUUGCUUAGUUCUUCUUUUCUGCUACAUACUAAUAUUGUAACUUGUUGCCUGUGUUUGCAUUUUGGAGAUUUUUGUUGUACAUCUUUUUAUCUUUGACCCUACCCUCCUUCAUCAAUGUGCGAUUUAUUUUGUUUAUUUGUUUAUUAUUUAUUU